AUGGCCUUUCCCCAUCGACCGGACGCCCCAGAGCUGCCUGACUUCUCCAUGCUCAAGAGGCUGGCCCGAGACCAACUCAUCUACCUGCUGGAGCAGCUUCCAGGAAAGAAAGACUUGUUCAUUGAGGCAGAUCUCAUGAGCCCUUUGGAUCGAAUCGCCAAUGUCUCCAUCCUAAAGCAGCACGAAGUAGACAAACUGUACAAAGUGGAGAAGAAGCCGGCUCUCAGCUCCAGUGAACAGUUGUGCUUCCUGGUCAGACCUCGCAUCAAGAAUAUGCGGUACAUUGCCAGUCUUGUCAAUGCUGACAAAGUGGCUGGCCGAACUCGGAAAUACAAAGUGAUCUUCAGUCCUCAGAAGUUUUACGCGUGUGAGAUGGUGCUUGAGGAAGAGGGCGUCUAUGGAGAUGUGAGCUGUGACGAAUGGGCCUUCUCUCUCUUGCCUCUUGAUGUGGAUCUGUUGAGCAUGGAACUACCAGAGUUUUUCAGGGACUACUUCCUGGAAGGAGAUCAGCGUUGGAUCAACACUCUGGCACAAGCUUUGCACCUUCUCAGCACCCUCUAUGGACCCUUCCCCAACUGCUAUGGAAUUGGCAGGUGUGCCAAGAUGUCGUAUGAACUGUGGAAGAGACUGGAAGAGGAGGAGGAUGGUGAAACCAAGGGCCGAAGGCCAGAAAUUGGACAUAUCUUUCUCUUGGACAGAGACAUGGACUUUGUGACGGCACUUUGCUCCCAGGUGGUUUAUGAGGGCCUGGUGGAUGACACUUUCCGCAUCAAGUGUGGUAAUGUUGACUUUGGCCCAGAAGUCACGUCCUCUGACAAGAGCCUGAAGGUGCUGCUCAAUGCCGAGGACAAGGUGUUUAAUGAGAUUCGGAACGAGCACUUCUCCAAUGUCUUCGGCUUCCUGAGCCAGAAGGCCCGGAACCUGCAGGCCCAGUAUGACCGCCGGAGAGGCAUGGACAUCAAGCAGAUGAAGAACUUCGUGUCUCAGGAACUCAAGGGACUGAAACAGGAGCACCGCCUGCUGAGCCUCCAUAUCGGGGCCUGUGAAUCCAUCAUGAAGAAGAAAACCAAGCAGGACUUCCAGGAGCUCAUCAAGACUGAGCAUGCGCUACUGGAGGGGUUCAACAUCCGGGAGAGCACCAACUACAUUGAAGAGCACAUCGACCGGCAGGUGUCACCCAUAGAAAGCCUCCGUCUUAUGUGCCUUUUGUCCAUCACGGAGAAUGGUUUGAUCCCCAAGGAUUACCGAUCCCUGAAAACCCAGUACCUGCAGAGCUAUGGCCCCGAGCACCUGCUGACCUUCUCCAACCUGCGGCGAGCUGGGCUCCUAACAGAGCAGGCCCCGGGAGACACCCUCACAGCCGUGGAGAGUAAAGUGAGCAAGCUGGUGACGGACAAGGCCGCAGGAAAGAUUACUGAUGCCUUCAGUUCCCUGGCCAAGAGAAGCAAUUUCCGAGCCAUCAGCAAGAAGCUGAACUUGAUCCCACGCGUGGAUGGCGAGUAUGACCUGAAAGUGCCGCGUGACAUGGCGUACGUGUUCAGCGGUGCGUACGUGCCCCUCAGCUGCAGAAUCAUCGAGCAGGUGCUGGAGCGACGGGGCUGGCAGGGCCUGGACGAAGUGGUGCGGCUGCUCAACUGCAGUGAGCUGGCCUUCACAGACAUGACCAAGGAUGACAAGGCCUCCAGCGAGUCCCUGCGUCUCAUCUUGGUGGUGUUCUUGGGUGGCUGCACGUUCUCUGAGAUCUCAGCCCUCCGGUUCCUGGGCAGAGAGAAAGGGUACAGGUUCAUUUUUCUGACAACAGCAGUCACCAACAGUGCCCGCCUCAUGGAGGCCAUGAGUGAGGUGAAAGCCUGA